AGAGGGGCAUGUCAUAAGCCCAAAAUACCAACGCAAAUUUUUUUUUUUGAGGGACAAUACCAACGCAAAUUAAAAAGGCAUUGAGAAGCAAAUAUCAAGAUUCCAUUCCACUGAAAUAAAAAGAUUCCACUCCUAAAUCCCCUCGUAAACCCUAAUCAAAUUACAGCACCUCAAAUCAGUUACAAUUCCGGCGGUAAUUUUCUGAAUUCCGAUUUCUUGCUCGCUGCCGAUCGCCAGACUGAGAUGACUAUACUUUCCGAACUUAAUGACGACAUCAUCCGCAGCAUGUCGGUUGGAGCCGUCUUCUCAGAUUUUGGUGGCAAAAUUAAUUCGCUUGAUUUUCAUCGGACAGCAGAUGUGUUGGUUACAGCAAGUGAUGAUGAUUUGGUUCGAUUUUAUGACAUAACUAAUGCUCAAUUAGUGAAGACAACAUAUCAUAAGAAACAUGGGGCUGAUAGGGUUUGUUUCAGUCACCACCCGAGUUCCGUUAUAUGCUCUUCGAAAUACAAUUUGGACUCUAAUGGAGAAUCCUUGAGAUAUCUAUCUCUAUAUGAUAAUAGGUGCCUUCGGUAUUUUAAAGGGCAUAAAGACAGGGUGGUAUCUCUGUGCAUGUCUCCAGUCAACGACAGUUUCAUGUCUGGUUCACUAGAUCACAGUGUACGCAUGUGGGAUCUACGCGUCAAUGCCUGCCAGGGAAUAUUACAUCUGCGAGGUAGGCCUACUGUUGCUUAUGAUCAACAAGGCUUGGUCUUUGCUGUGGCAAUGGAAGGAGGUGCAAUUAAACUAUUUGAUUCUAGAUCAUAUGACAAGGGUCCCUUUGAUACCUUCCUAGUUGGUGGGGACACUGCUGAGGUGUGUGAUAUUAAAUUCAGCAAUGACGGUAAAUCAAUGCUUCUGACAACUACAAACAACAAUGUAUAUCUCCUCGAUGCAUAUCAUGGGGAAAAGAAGUGUGGAUUUAAUAUGGACUCUUCUGCGAAUGCCACCAUAGAAGCAUCCUUCACGCCUGAUGGCCAAUAUGUGCUUUCUGGUUCUGGGGACGGAAAUAUACAUGCAUGGAACAUCAGUGACGAGCCAAAUAAGAUUGCUUCUUUGGAUAGCCACAUAGGUGUUGCAGCGUGCCUGAGAUGGGCACCUCGUAGAGUCAUGUUUGCCGCCGCUGCUGCUUCCGUUCUAACCUUUUGGAUUCCUGAUGAUGCCAAGGCUGAUGCUGAGCCGGGCGCCCCUGCUCCAGCCUCUUGACCCUGAAUGUCAACGUCAAAACAAUCGUAUUCAUCAAUUACUCUCUCUCUCACUUUCUCUCUGUGCGGUGUGGAAGACAAGGAAACUUGGCUCUGAUCAAAUGAUUGUUGCAAGAAUGAUUGCUAGGAUCUUAAGACUGAGAUUCUGUAAUAUACAGUCGCUAGGGUCGGUCGCAUAAGAUCCUAGCUUAUUUUUUUGUUUAAUAUUCAAUGUCUUUUGUGAUUUAAGUUAAUAUUCCCUACCAAGCUAGGCCAGAAAAUUGGACGAGAAAAAAAGGAUUCUGACCUCCAAAGAACCCAUUCGCUCCACCUGUUUUAUUUUCAGUAUUUUUAUUUUAUUUAAAAAUCCAAAGUUUCACAUCA